AUCCUUAGAUAAAAUGACUUUUGUUCUAUAAAAUGGAGCUAUGAUUAGGUUUUACGAAAAAUGCUUUGUUGCAUGAUUGUCCGGGAUUUCAAAUUUUAGAAAUUUACCUGGGUGUCAUUGUGUUGUUGUCUGAUUUAAUCAUGUUUUUAAGCCAGGUUUGGGUCAUGUGGGCAUGUUUAAGGCUCUGUUACAAAACCAAUGAAAAAAUCGGUACCUGUCAGCUUCAGGGGCCACUGACCCGUUAACGGGAGCACCCCUGGCGUAACUGUAGCCCAGCUUUGCCCAGAGUCUUGGAAAGGUUACAUGACUCAGACAGAUGUAGUCCGCAUGAGAUUAUUGGCCAAGAGGAAGAGGUCGGGGCUGUGGGCAGUAUAUUUAACAGGCUCAUACACUGCAAGCCUUGUUCCUGGUCCCUCACAAAGCACCUCUUUAAGAGGAAAACAAGAUGUUCUUUGUAAAUAAAAGUUCAUGCAUUUGAGUAAUGAAGUCAUUUUCCAGGGCUGCAGUGAAAGAUAUUCUCCCGCCAAGCCCGCUGUGUGAGGACUGUCAAGAGGAAGAGGGGUGGCCAGUGAGUUUGGAGAGAAGAUUUUAGCACAGAAAGUGCAGCUGCCAUCUCUAGAAAAUGUGAAACCUCAAGAAAGUGGGCACCCUGCCGCUGUGCCAUCUGAGAUCAUCCACCUCUGGCUCCCACCUCUAGAAUCCCUUUUCUACCCCCUUUCUUGCAAACUAGAAACCCUGGUGGCCUAGUGGUUAAGUAUUAUAGCUGCUAACGGAGAGGUCGGCAAUUCAGAUCCGCUAGGUGCUCCUUGGAAACUCUAUGGAGCAGCCCUACUCUGUCCUAUAGGGUCACCAGGAGUUUGAGUGGACUAGACGGCAGUGGGUUUGGGUUUUUGGUUUUUCCUGCAAACUAGAAGGGUCCACAUAAAGGAUCUAUAUAAAUAUACAUAAACCACCUUGCACCUUGGCUACAUAAGAGAUGUGAGGAAGCAAUCACAAAAGCUGAGUAUUCAUCUGGAACCAACCCUUGGAGCGGCUCCAAAGUGAAAGGGGAAGGGAGGUCGAAGGGAAAGUCCCGACCUCGGUGUCUGAAAGGCCAGCUUGGAAGGGGAGGGCCUGGAGUGGAAGGUAAAAAGGGAGUGGUGAGAAUGAGUGUGGGAAGGAAGCGAGAACCAGCGAGCGCAGUACUCCGUCCUGGCCAGGCGCGAGAAGGUGGCGUGGCGCUCGCAGCUUCUCCCCCGUCCGGUCUGCCUUUGACAUCUGCUUAAACUCCAUCCAGCUGUGUGUUCUUCAGCCAGAACCUCUGGGGAUAAGAACAACAGAGAAAGAGGGCGAAAGAGCUGGUUGGGCUGAUUUGACUUGCCACAUCUGGGAACCACAGGCAGAGAGAAAGUAAAAUAAUCGCCGAACCGCUGCACCACGGAGGGGACCGAAGAAAACAAACCGUCCCCGAGCGUCUGGAAGAGCCCUGUUGGAUGUAAGCGGAGAAUGGCUUUGCGCUCAGCCUGGUGCUCUGUGCUGCCCCUGUGGCUCCUCUGGGGCGCUAUCUGCUCCUGCGCGGCGGCGUCCGGGGAGGACAACGCUUUUUCUUUUGACAUUGAAGGAAGCUCGGCGGUGGGCAGGCAAGAGCCGCCUGACACAAGCGAGCCCCGCGUGACUCUAGGACCGCUGCCGCCUGCUGCCGAGAAAUGCAGAGCUGGCUUCUUUCGCUCCCCGUCAGGAGAAUGUCUGCCCUGUGACUGUAAUAGUAAUUCCAACGAGUGCUUGGACGGCUCCGGAUUCUGCCUGAACUGCCAGCAAAACACGACAGGAGAACACUGUGAAAAGUGUCUGGAUGGUUAUAUCGGAGAUUCCAUCAGGGGAGCACCCCGAUUCUGCCAGCCAUGCCCCUGUCCCCUGCCCCAUGUGGCCAAUUUUGCAGAAUCCUGCUAUAGGAAAAAUGGAGCUGUUCGGUGUAUUUGUAAAGAAAACUAUGCUGGACCCAACUGUGAAAGAUGUGCUCCUGGUUACUAUGGAAAUCCCUUACUGAUUGGAAGCACCUGUAGGAAAUGUGACUGCAGUGGAAAUUCAGAUCCCAACAUGAUUUUUGAAGAUUGUGAUGAAGUCACCGGCCAGUGUAGGAAUUGCUUACGCAACACCACUGGAUUCAACUGUGAACACUGCGCUCCUGGCUACUAUGGGGAUGCCAGGAUAGCCAAGAACUGUGCAGUGUGCCGUUGCGGGGGAGGCCCUUGUGACAGCGUAACCGGAGAAUGCUUGGAAGAAAAUUUUGAACCCCCUACAGGCAUGGACUGCCCAACCAUAAGCUGUGACAAAUGCAUCUGGGAUCUGACAGACGACCUGCGGUCAGCAGCACUCUCCAUUGAAGAAAGUAAAUCCAGUCUAUUGAGCGUGUCAUCUGGGGCCGCUGCACAGAGGCACGUGAAUGAAAUGAACUCCACCAUCUACCUCCUCAAAACAAAAUUGUCAGAAAGAGAAAACCAGUACGUCUUAAGGAAGAUACAGAUCAACACUGCUGAGACUACAAUGAAAAGCCUUGUGUCUGACGUGGAGGAAUUAGCUGAAAAGGAAAAUCAAGCCUCAAGAAAGAGUCAACUGAUUCAGAAGGAAACUGUGGAUACCAUUAACCAUGCAACUCAGCUUGUCGAGCAAACCCACGAUAUGAGGGAUAAAAUCCAAGAGAUCACCAACAAGAUGCUGUAUUAUGGAGAGGAGCAGGAACUUAGCCCCGAGGAAAUCUCUGAGAAGCUGGUAUUGGCUCAGAAGAUGCUUGAGGAGAUUAGAGGCCGCCAACCAUUCCUCACCCAACAGGAGCUCGUGGAUGAGGAGGCAGACGAAGCCCAUGAGCUGUUGAGCCAGGCUGAGAAUUGGCAGCGGCUGCACAACGAUACCCGCUCCCUGUUUCCUGUUGUCCUGGAGCAGCUGGAUGACUACAAUGCUAAGUUGUCAGACCUCCAGGAAUCGCUUAACCAGGCCCUUGACCAUGUCAGAGACACUGAAGACAUGAACAGGGCCACGGCGGCCAGCCAGCGGGACCACGAGAAACAACACGAGAGAGUGAGGGAACAAAUGGAAGCGGUGAACACUUCUCUGAGGGCAUCUGGUGACUCUCUGACAAUCCCUCGUCUGACUCUUUCAGAACUUGAUGAUAUAAUAAAGAACGCAUCAGGGAUUUAUGCAGAAAUAGAUGGAGCCAAAAAAGAACUACAAAGAAAACUGUCCAACCUGAGUAACAUCAGUCAUGAUUUGGUCCAAGAAGCUACUGACCAUGCACAGAACCUUCAAAAAGACGCUGAUGAAUUGAACAGGAACUUGCACAGUUCAGAUACCAAUGGGCUGGUACAGAAGGCUUUGGAGGCAUCUAACGUCUAUGAAAAUAUUGCCAAUUAUGUCAGUGAAGCCGAUGAAACAGCAGGAUUGGCUCUGAACAUCACUGACCGAAUAUAUGAUGCUGUGAGUGGAAUUGAUACUCAAAUCAUUUACCAUAAAGAUGAAAGUGAGAACCUCCUCAGUCAAGCCAGAGAACUGCAAGCAAGGGCAGAUUCUAGCAAUACUGAGGCAGUGGCUGACACCAGCAGGCGUGUGGAUGGAGCCCUGGUCAGGAAGAGUGCCCUUAAAAACAGGUUAAAUGAUGCCAUUAAGCACCUACAAGCAGCAGAGAGAGGUGACGCUCAGCAGCGCCUGGAUCAGUCCAAGCAGAUCACGGCAGAAGCUAACAAGACAAUGAUGGAGAUCCAACAGGCCACUGCCCCGAUGGCUGGCAAUCUGACCAACUGGUCCCAGAAUCUUGAAACAUUUGACUCCUCUGCUUACAACACUGCAGUGGACUCUGCUAGAGAUGCAGUAAGAAAUCUGACGGAGGUCAUGCCUCAACUCCUGGAUCAGCUUCGUACAGUUGAGCAGAAGCGGCCUGCAAGCAAUGUUUCUGCCAGCAUCCAGAGGAUCAGAGAGCUCAUUGCUCAGACCAGAAGUGUUGCCAGCAAGAUUCAAGUCUCUAUGAUGUUUGACGGACAUUCAGCUGUUGAAGUUCACCCCAAAACCAGUGUGGAUGACAUAAAGGCCUUCACAUCUCUCAGCCUGUACAUAAAACCUCCUGUGAAGCAGCCAGAACUGAGUGGGACUGAGGAUCAGUUUAUCCUGUAUCUCGGAAGCAAAAAUGCCAAGAAAGAGUAUAUGGGUCUUGCAAUAAAAAAUGAUAACCUGGUGUAUGUUUAUAAUUUGGGGACCAAGGAUGUGGAGAUCCCCCUUGACUCCAAGCCAGUCAGUUCCUGGCCUGCUUACUUCAGCAUUGUCAAGAUUGAAAGAAUAGGAAAACACGGAAAGGUGUUUUUAACAGUCCCAAGUCUAAGUAGCACAGCAGAGGAGAAAUUCAUUAAAAAGGGGGAAUUUGCAGGAGAUGACUCCUUGUUGGAUCUGGACCCUGAGGACACUGUGUUUUAUGUUGGUGGGGUGCCUUCAAGCUUCAAGCUUCCUGCCAGCUUAAACCUGCCCGGCUUCAUUGGCUGCCUAGAAUUGGCUACUUUGAAUAAUGAUGUGAUCAGCUUAUACAACUUCAAGCACAUAUAUAAUAUGGACCCCUCUAAGUCAGUGCCCUGUGCCAGAGAUAAACUGGCCUUCACUCAAAGUCGGGCUGCCAGCUACUUCUUCGAUGGCUCUAGCUACGCUGUGGUCAGGGAUAUCACAAGGAGAGGGAAAUUCGGUCAGGUCACUCGCUUUGACGUAGAGGUUCGAACACCAGCUGAUAAUGGCCUUGUGCUCCUGAUGGUCAAUGGAAGUAUGUUUUUCAGUCUGGAAAUGCGCAAUGGUUACCUACAUGUGUUCUAUGACUUUGGAUUCAGCAAUGGCCCUGUGCAUCUUGAAGACACGUUGAAAAAAGCUCAGAUUAAUGAUGCUAAAUACCAUGAGAUCUCAAUCAUUUACCACAAUGAUAAGAAAAUGAUUUUGGUAGUUGACAGACGACACGUGAAGAGCACAGAUAAUGAGAAGAUGAAAAUACCUUUCACAGAUAUAUAUAUUGGAGGGGUUCCCCCAGAAAUCUUACAGUCCAGGGCCCUACGAACACAUCUUCCUCUAGAUAUCAACUUUAGGGGAUGCAUGAAGGGUUUUCAGUUCCAAAAGAAAGAUUUCAAUUUAUUGGAGCAGAAAGAAACUCUGGGAGUUGGUUAUGGGUGCCCAGAAGACUCUCUUAUAUCACGCAGAGCAUAUUUCAACGGGCAGAGUUUCAUUGCUUCAAGUCAGAAAAUAUCUUUUUUUGAUGGCUUUGAAGGAGGUUUUAAUUUCCGAACGUUACAACCAAAUGGGUUAUUAUUCUAUUAUGCUUCAGGGUCAGACGUGUUCUCCAUUUCACUGAAUAACGGUACUGUGAUCAUGGAUGUGAAGGGAACCAAAGUUCAAGCGCCAGAUAAGCAGUACAACGAUGGGCUGUCCCACUUCAUCAUUACCUCUGUUUCACCCACAAGAUAUGAACUGAUAGUAGAUAAAAGCAGAUUUGGGAAUAAGAAUCUCACCAAAGGGAAAGUUGAACAAACACAACCAAGUGAAAAGAAGUUUUACUUCGGUGGCUCACCCAUCAGUCCUCAGUACAGCAAUUUCACUGGCUGUAUAAGCAAUGCCUACUUUACCAGGCUGGACAGAGAUGUGGAGGUCGAAGAUUUCCAGCGAUAUUCCGAAAAGGUCCACACUUCCCUUUAUGAGUGUCCCAUUGAGUCUUCACCAUUGUUUCUUCUUCACAAAAGAAGAAAAAACUCCUCAAAGCCUAAAACAAAUCCGAAUAAAAAGGGAGAGAAAAGUAAGGAUGCACCUUCCUGGGAUCCUGUUGGCCUGAAAUUCCAAGAGCGGAAUGCUCCGAGAGAUUCUCAUUGCCACCUUUCCAGCAGCCCUAGAGCAAUAGAGCAUGCAUAUCAGUACGGAGGGACUGCAAACAGCCGCCAAGAGUUUGAACACCUAAAAGGAGACUUUGGUGAAAAAUCUCAGUUUUCCAUCCGUCUGAAAACUCGCUCCUCCCAUGGGAUGAUUUUCUAUGUCUCAGAUCAAGAAGAGAAUGAUUUCAUGACUCUAUUCUUGGCCCACGGCCGUUUGGUUUUCAUGUUUAACGUUGGCCACAAGAAACUGAAGAUUAGAAGCCAGGAGAAAUACAAUGAUGGAUUGUGGCAUGAUGUGAUAUUUAUUCGGGAAAAGAGCAGUGGCCGACUGGUGAUUGAUGGUCUUCGAGUCCUGGAGGAAAGUCUGCCUCCUACUAAAGCUUCAUGGAAAAUCAAGGGUCCUAUUUAUUUGGGAGGCGUGGCUCCUGGAAGGGCUGUGAAAAAUGUCCAGAUUAACUCAGUCUACAGUUUCAGUGGCUGUCUCGGCAAUCUCCAGCUCAAUGGGGCCUCCAUCACCUCUGCUUCCCAGACAUUUAGUGUGACCCCUUGUUUUGAAGGUCCAAUGGAAAUGGGAACAUACUUUUCAACAGAAGGAGGAUAUGUGGUUCUAGAUGAAUCUUUCAAUAUUGGAUUGAAGUUUGAGAUUACAUUUGAAGUACGUCCCAGAAGCAGUUCCGGAACCCUUGUCCAUGGCCACAGUGUCAAUGGGGAGUACCUAAAUGUUCACAUGAAAAAUGGGCAGGUCAUAGUAAAAGUCAACAAUGGCAUCAGAGACUUCUCCACCUCAGUAACCCCCAAGCAGAAGCUCUGUGAUGGCAGAUGGCACAGGAUUACAGUCAUUAGAGAUUCAAAUGUGGUUCAGUUGGACGUAGAUUCUGAAGUGAACCAUGUGGUUGGACCCCUGAAUCCAAAACCAGUUGAUCACAGGGAGCCUGUGUUUGUUGGAGGUGUUCCAGAGUCUCUACUGACACCACGCUUGGCCCCCAGCAAGCCCUUCACAGGCUGCAUUCGUCACUUUGUGAUUGACGGACACCCAGUGAGCUUCAGUAAAGCAGCCCUGGUCAGUGGCGCCGUGAGCAUCAACUCCUGUCCCACAGCCUGACGCCCCAGAGCAGAGCUGCCCACACGUACUGUUCUUUAGAGCACUGAAAUAAAUGCAAAACCGGCCAGGGGGAAUCGCAACUUCCUCUCCUGGUGGAAGCUUUCAACUAGUUGAGCAUGACUUAAAUGAAUCAUCAGGGACUGGAUGUUUAUUAUUUCUCAUUUUGAUCUUGCCUGGGAUCCAAAAUGUCUGCAAUGGACAUCAAUCAAAGGAGCGUUAAACAUACCUGUAUUGAGAGUAUACUUACUUCCUGCUGGUGAAAUAUACUCUUCCUGUUUCUAAUAAAAUAGGAGGGAUUCUAAAUAAACAGUGGCACACCUUUUUAAAGUGUGGCUAGAUUGUCAGAUUCAUUUUUCUUUCAGGGAAGAUAACUUCCAGUCCAUACCAAAAUAUCUUUGCCCUACACUGCCUUUCUUUAUCUUAAAAAGAUUCAUUAAUUUAGAUAAUUACUAAAAUUAGAUGAUAGAUGUCGUUUUAGCACCUCUUCUAUCUUUCUCUCUCUCUCUCUCUGGUCUGUAACAAGAAUACUUUAGAUUUACAGCAGUUUUCAAGGUUAAAUAAAAUAAAUUUCUAACUAACUAUUAGAUAAAUGAUAGUAUAACUUAACCUUUCCUAGAUAAGAAGAAGAAGGAAUUAAACUGCUUUUUUUCUUUCCUUGUUUAUUAAAAAAAUAAAAUUUCACAUGGGGUAGGGGUUGGCUCCUGUAGGCUAUUCCUGUUACUGUGUCUUCUAUAGAAAUCAUUGAGGACAUUAUAACAAAGAGUGGGACAGAGUCCUAAAAUUCAAUUUCAAACCAUAAAAGUUUUCUUAUUAAAAGGCUUUUUUUCCCCACAUA